CGGCGACCAGCGGGUUGGGCGUGGCUUCCCGGAGCGGGCGGGGAGCGUUACGUGGCCGGGCUACCGCCUCCCCUCGCCACUGAACCUCUCCGGAUCAAUUGAGGCGCGGUAGUUUGAGGAGAGGGUAAAACACGAGAGUUUGGGGCUGACUUUAAUUAAUCAAGAAGUAUUUGUUGAGUUUAGUUCAUUCAUCAUUCCAGAAGUACCUAUUCAGGGCUCAAGGAAAAUAGGAAAUUUGGAAGGAUUGCCAGGCUUCAAAGACUGUUUAAUUUACAGGGUCCAUGAUACAAACCUAAGAGGGUAGAGGGACGGUCACAUGAAGCACAUAGCAAGAAAGUAGCCAUCUACAAGCCCGGAAGAGAGCUCUCAUCAGAAACCAAAUUUGCUAGCACCUUGAUCAUGGACUUCUAGCCUCCAGAACUCUCCCACCUCCACUGAAGAUCCCAGCAAGACAACAUGCCUCCCAAGAAGCCUGAGCCUAAGAAGGAAGCAGCCAAGGCCGCCCCAGCCCCAGCCCCUGCCCCAGCUCCUGAACCCCCCAAGGAACCUGCCUUUGACCCCAAGAGUGUAAAGAUAGACUUCACUGCUGACCAGAUCGAAGCAGCCCUAAACUCCAGUGUUUGGGGUUUCUGUGCAUACCAGGACUCUGCAGCAGGCUGGAGUUCAGCAGAGUUCAAAGAGGCUUUCUCGUUGUUUGACCGGACGCCAACUGGGGAGAUGAAGAUUACCUACGGGCAGUGUGGGGACGUGCUGCGGGCCCUGGGCCAGAACCCUACCAACGCCGAGGUGCUGCGUGUCCUGGGCAAGCCUAAGCCUGAAGAGAUGAAUGCCAAGAUGCUGGACUUUGAGACGUUCCUGCCCAUCCUGCAGCACAUCUCCCGCAACAAGGAGCAGGGCACCUAUGAGGACUUUGUGGAGGGGCUGCGCGUUUUCGACAAGGAGAGCAAUGGCACCGUCAUGGGUGCCGAGCUUCGCCAUGUCCUUGCCACCCUGGGAGAGAAGAUGACCGAGGCUGAAGUGGAACAGCUGUUGGCUGGGCAAGAGGAUGCCAAUGGCUGCAUCAAUUACGAAGCCUUUGUCAAACACAUAAUGUCUGGGUGAAGCAGACCCGUCUAGGGUGCCUGGCCCUUGGCCUUAGCCUUUCUGGGGUGAGUUAAGCAAGAGGCCCAGAGUGACUGAGCUGGAACUGGGGUCCUGGACUUAACCGCUGUGCCACAGCCCCAAGGACUCCCUGUAAAUAAACAGUUUGAGCAAGCCUGGGACAAAUUCUCUGAUUCCAA